CAGAGAGCAGAGCGGCGAGGCUGCAGGAACUGAUUCUACUACCUCACCACAGUGUCUUUGUUGGAGAACAGCAGGAACAUGACCCUGACAGCGUACAGAGAGAAGAUGCGAGAGCUCCCCCUGGUGUCCAUCUUCUGCUCCUGCAUCCUGCCUCAACCCAGGGAGCCAACGGCCAACAAGAAGGAAGGCGUGGUGGACCUGAACCUGUGCAACAUCCGGGACAUGGAGGUCAUCGAGCUGAGCAAACGCGCGAGCGGCCAGGCCUUUGAGGUCAUCCUGAAGCCGCCGACCUUCGAUGGUGCCCCGGAGCUGAGGGCCACCACGCCGCCCCGCCAGAAGCCGUCGCUGGCAGAGAUCCAGAAGAAGCUGGACGCCGCGCAGGAGAGGCGGAAGUGUCAGGAGGCGGAACUGCUGAAGCACCUGGCCGAGAGGAGGGAGCACGAGCGCGAAGUGGCGCAGAAAGCUUUGACCAAAGACCGUCAGGAGCAUCGCGUCAACGCCAACCCGCUGCAGAUGCACCUGAACGCCUCACAGGAGGAGGACAAGCACAGUGUGGAGGUGUCUUGAUGGCCUGAUCACAACACAAGCUGAACCUUUUCCACAAGCCGAUUUUGAGGGCCUAUUGAGGAGCUGGGAGACUGGCGCUCCUCUGACUGGGAGGACUGGGAGCAGAACCAGUGGAGGACAUGGAGGACUGAGGGACGUUUGUCUCCUCCACCAGGACCCUCGUUUUCAAACAAACGCUGCAGAUUCAGUCAUCAGUUUCCUGUGGCUUUACUGUGCUUUGUUGCCAUGCCAACGGUGCCAAUGUCUUCAUGUGUGAGUGUGACUGUACAUGCACCAGCCAGAACCCAACCCGGCUGAAACGGAUCAGCAGGGUUCUGUCUGAUACUGAAGCUGGACAUCAGCUCAGAUACUCUGAGUCAGACUGCGCCCCCUGCUGGACAGCUUGAACAUUUUACUGUGAUGUGGUUCCUUGGUGACAUCUAGUGGCGCCUCUGAGAACAGCAGAAAAUCAGGAACCCUGCUGUUGAAACCACAAGAUCUGUACAGGUCCAGUUCUGUUUGAGAACCAGAACCAAGCAGAACCAGUUGAACCGUUCUGGUCAGGAUGAAAACCUGCAGGAGGUCCAAACGGCUUACAGACCAGAACCGUCUGACAUCAGGGUCAGACCAGAACCACUUUGUUCCAAGUCACUGCCAGUAAGUGAAACUGAAACCAAACAGCUUUCAGAUCCAAGAAUUAGAGUCCAAUUCCUGCCUUCAGGACCGAGGUACCGGUAGAACCAGAACCGAGCCCCAAAAAGCCUGAUGGAGAGUCAAAGUCUGGAGGUGGUUCUGGUCCAGUUUCAGUUCUGGUCCCAACAGAGAGAGGAGAACAAGUUGACCUGCAAGUAGAGGAACUCUUUCCUGAUGUGGACCAAUCAGGAGACACCACCUGAGUUCUGAUUGGCUAGGACUGAAGUUCAGAACAGAACUAUCAGAACCGUUCUGCUCUGCUGGUACUGCCUAAAGAACGCCAACCUGAACCGACCCGAAAGUCAGACCUGGAAGUGGUUCUGACCCAGAGUCAGAUUAAAUCAGAUAAACUCGGGACCAACAA